AUUGAGGCAGAGGUGCCGAGGUGUGGCUGAUGAUUUCGAAUUGCAUUUUCCACCAUUUGCCCAUCUCAACAUUUUGUCUGUGCUGCAGUGCGUACAUACACGGAGGGUUUGGACAAUAAUAUCUCCCCCUCCUUCUGACAUCCCGCAAAUUCUUGACUUUAACUUAGCGAGACCAGUGACGAUUCAUCGCAAUGGGCGGAAUUGCUAAUCAACUGGCCUACGUGCCGCAGCCUGUCCAGCUUUUGCUAGCUGGCAUUGGUGCUCUCUUCCUUACCUCCAAGGCCCUGAGCUAUGUCAAGUUUGUCCUUGGUGUCUUCUUGCUUAGUGGCACCAGCCUCCGCAAGUAUGGCAAACCUGGCACCUGGGCCGUCGUGACCGGUGCAUCAGACGGUCUCGGCAAGGAGUUCGCCCAUCAGCUCGCCAGCAAGGGCUUCAACCUCGUCCUCGUCUCCCGAACCCAGUCGAAGCUCGAGACCCUCGCCCACGAGCUCGAGGCCAAGUUUGACGGCAAGAUCCAGGUCAAGAUCCUCGCCAUGGACUUCUCCCGCGACGACAACAACGACUACGACAGACUCGCCCAGCUCGUCAAUGGCCUCGACGUCGGUGUCCUCAUCAACAACGUCGGCCAGAGCCACAGCAUCCCCGUCCCCUUCCUCGAGACCGCCCGCAGCGAGCUCCAGAACAUUGUCGCCAUCAACUGCCUCGGCACCUUGAAGACUACUCAGGUCGUCGCCCCAAUCAUGCAGCAGCGCAAGCGCGGUCUCAUCCUCACCAUGGGCUCCUUUGCCGGCUGGAUGCCUACCCCUUACUUGGCUACGUACUCUGGCAGCAAAGCCUUCCUGCAGCACUGGAGCAGCUCUCUCGCGGCUGAGCUGAAGCCCCAGGGUAUCGACGUCGAGCUCGUUCUCAGCUACCUCAUCACCACCGCCAUGAGCAAAGUCCGCCGCUCUAGCGCCAUGAUCCCUACCCCCAAGAACUUUGUCCGUGCCACUCUCAGCAAGAUCGGCUCUGGCAGCUACCAGAACUUUGCCUACACCUACACUCCCUGGUGGACGCACGCCAUGAUGUUGUGGGCUGUGGAGAGCACCAUUGGCGCCGCUCACUAUCUGGCUCUUUGGUUCAACCUCAAGAUGCACGUUGACAUUCGCAACCGUGCUCUCAGAAAGGCGGCUCGCGAGGCCAAGAAGCAGUAAAUCGAGUUGAAAGGAGCACCUGCGGUAGAUACGACACGCAGUGUGAUACACCACUGCUUUGAAAGCUGUUCAAACUGCUAUUUUGACAGGGAGUUCAACCAAAACGCAUAGACGAGCUUCAAUGUGACAUCUCGAGAGUUAUGGAGGACGGACAAAGAAAGGAUACGUGAAUGAUGGGUGGAUAGCAGUGGUUUGGGCUCGUGGCGUAGAAGUCAUUUGCAUGAGUUACGUAGGGAUCACGGCGCGGGAAAAGUCAGAACUUCAAACGGAAUAGAACCAAAAAGCAAGUAAUUAAUCUGAAAGAAAGGAAGAAAACAUCCUCUGAGAAGCAAUAUCUCUAAAUCAACCAAAGUACCCAACUUUAAGCUGUCGGAGCUACUGCAAGCGCAAGCUUCGGGUGGUGCAAACGUCAGGGUCAGCCUUGUGUCCC